UUCACGAAAAAAAAAUCGGAUUUACAGAUUGCGGACUUCGGUUUAGCCCGAGAGUACGGUGACCCCCUUAGGCCAUACACUGCUGUUGUCGUCACGCUGUGGUACAGGGCUCCGGAGCUGUUACUCGGCCAGAAGCUCUAUUCCACUCCUAUUGAUUUAUGGUCUGUUGGUUGUAUCAUGGGAGAGUUCGUAUUACUAAAGCCCUUAUUCCCAGGAAAUGGCGAACUAGAUGAAAUUAACAAAAUUUUCAUGGUAGAUUCUAUAUGGGAAGGAUAUAGUGAGCUGCCUGGCCCAAAACUUAUGAAGUUAGCGAAUCACCCAUACAAUCAAUUACGGAAGAAGUUCCCUGCCUCACUGAUGAAUGAAAGUGGUUUCAAAUUACUAAACAGGUUUUUGACUUAUGAUCCUGCUCGACGUAUCACUGCUGACGAGGCUCUGGCUGAUAGGUGGUUUAGCGAAGAUCCGAAGCCAACGCCACCUGAGAUGUUCCCAACCUUCCCGGCAAAAAGCGAGCAACAUCGCGCUCCUCCUCCAAGUGCUGGUAUGGCGAAGAAGAAAGCAGAGAUCAUAAAUCCCGAGCGUGCAAAACUGCUUGCUGAUCUCAAAGUGCGGCCGGAUCAAGUGACAUCCGGCUCCUUCUCUUUGAAGUUCGAUAAAACCAGGUUUUGA